AUGGCAGUUCCCCCAGUAUCACAGACUGCCCACCUGUCAUCACCCUCACCACCACCCUCAAUAUCGUCACCAGCCCAAAAAGAAAUCAAAAAGAAAACCAAAGAAGAAACCAAAUCCCCACCUCCCCCAGAAAUAACCCCACAAACCAAAAAGUACCUGCACAGAAUAUCCCUCCACCCAACUCUAACCCCCUUCCGCCGCCGCGUCUACCGCACCCUCCUCUCAGUCCCACCAGGCCGCUGGACAACCUACUCAGCCAUGGCAAAAUACCUAGGAUCCAGCGCGCGCGCAGUAGGCAAUGCAAUGCGGACUAACCCCUUUGCGCCGGAGGUUCCCUGUCAUCGGGUCCUGGCUGCUGAUGGGCGGUUGGGUGGGUAUAAGGGGGAGUGGAAGGUUGAUGGGCAUAAGGCUUCUGGGUCGUUUUCUGAGGAGAAGAUGGUUAGAUUGAAAGAGGAGGGUGUUGAUUUUGUGGAUGGGAAGGUUGUUGGGUAUUGCGUUGGAGGAUUUGAGGGUGUUUUUGAGGCUGAGUUUUGUCGGUUGUUUCAUGGUGAUGGGACUAAGGAGGUGACUAAGGAUUGGAGGGACGAUGCGCGAUCCAUUGGUGAGAAUUGCGCUGCUUGGGAUCGGUAUGAUGAUUGCCGUGGACCGAUCUAG